AUGGUUGAUGACACUGCAGCCAGCAAACUAAGGACUAUUCCUCUGUCCAACAACACCAUCGGCAGGCGCAUUUAUGACAUGUCAAAGGACAUAGAGGAGCAGCUUAAUGACAAAGUGCGUGACAGCCGCUUUUCUCUUCAGAUGGAUGAAGCCACUGACAGUGUUCUCACUCAGGACAAAAGUCGUUGGUCUGUGAAAUAUCCUGAUAAUCCGAUCUGUGCUGUGAGAGGAUUCAGUGUCUCCAUUCCCUGCAGUUAUUAUUAUGAUCCAACAUCAAAUCCCAAUAUUCAGUUGAGGAAAAAGCUUUGGUGCUCGAUGAACUCAAACACAGGCACGUGUGUAAACCCUCCGUAUGUUUAUGACAGCUCAUCAAACACCAACUCAGACUUUGAGUACGCUGGAGACGACAAAUCAAACUGCACUUUAUUAAUCCACAAUCUACAGUUCAGUUAUUCUGGAAAGUACAGAUUCAGAUUUAUAACUGCUAAUCCUGAUGACAGAUGGACAGGUUUUCCUGGAGCGACUCUACAAGUUGCAGAUUUAAAGGUGUCACUAAUCAGGCUCAGUGGAAACGGGACCCUUAAACAAGGAGACUCGUUAAAUCUGAUGUGUGAUGUGACGUGUACACACAGUUCCUCACAGUUCAUGUGGUCUAAGAACAACGAGCUCUUACCUGAAUCAGGACCCGUUCUUCACUUUCCUGCUCUAACCGUGAGGGAUUCUGGGAAUUACACCUGCACUUGGAAAACCAACGAGGCCUCAGAAUCUGAAACGAUCAGCCUUCACGUCGAGGGUGGUCGUUGGUCUGUGAAAUAUCCUGAUAAUCCAAUCUGUGCUGUGAGAGGAUUCAGUGUCUCCAUUCCCUGCAGUUAUUAUUAUGAUCCAACAUCAAAUCCCAAUAUUCAGGUGACACAAAAGCUUUGGUGCUCACUGAACUCAAACACAGAUGUUUGUUUAAACCCUCCAUACGUUUAUGACAGCUCAUCAAACACCAACUCAGACUUUGAGUACGCUGGAGACGACAAAUCAAACUGCACUUUAUUAAUCCACAAUCUACAGUUCAGUUAUUCUGGAGAGUACAGAUUCAGAUUUAUAACUGAUAAUCCUGAUGGCAGAUGGACAGGUUUUCCUGGAGCGACUCUACAAGUUGCAGAUUUAAAGGUGUCACUAAUCAGGCUCAGUGGAAACGGGACCCUUAAACAAGGAGACUCGUUAAAUCUGACGUGUGAUGUGACGUGUACACACAGUUCCUCACAGUUCAUGUGGUCGAAGAACAACAAGCUCUUACCUGAAUCAGGACCCGUUCUUCACUUUCCUGCUCUAACCGUGAGGGAUUCUGGGAAUUACACCUGCACUUGGAAAACCAACGUGACAUCAGGAUCUGAAACGAUCAGCCUUCACGUCGAGGGCGAAAAUCAGUGGAAAAUCUGGAUCAUUGUUUUGGUGAUAGUGGGAGUGAUUUUGAUCGGUUUAGCCAUUGGAGCUGUGAUUUACAAGAGGCGGUUUGUCAGCACUGAGCAGCAGAAGGAGGAUGAUUGUGCUAUCUACGCUAACAUACAGCAACAGAAUAAUUCUCCAGUCUAUGCUAAUGUACAGCUAUAGCUCUCUAUGCAAUAACAAUGAGCUGAUCAGAGUUUCACACCUCGUUCACUUCAUUCAUGUCUUCUGUUUGUGAAUUUCCCCUUUGAACUGAAAAAGACAAACAUGAUACAGCCUUCACGCUUGCUGUGUUUUGCAUUUGAACUAAAUUUUAUAAUGUCAUAAAUAAAGGUUGGUUAAGAUGUUUAUG